GCCGCUAUAAAGGGGCCGCGGGGCUCGGCCGCGGCAGCAGCGCUCAGCACCCCGCGCCCACCAUGGUCCCCCGGGCCCUGCUGCUGCUGCUGCUGCUGCCGCCGCUGCUACUCGGGGGCUCCGCCGCGCUCCCCGCGCCCCGCAGGGCCCGGCGACACUCGGAUGGGAUGUUCACGAGCGAGCUGAGCCGCCUGCGGGAGAGCGCGCGUCUGCAGCGGCUGCUCCAGGGCCUGGUGGGCAAGCGCAGCGAGCAUGACCCAGAGAACACCACCACCUGGAACACUUCGGCCGAGGGCCGCCUCUGCCUGCCCGGCCGGCCGGACACGCCCACCCUGCAGGCCUGGAUGCCCCCGAGUGCCCCCCUGGCUCAGGCCAGGUCUCCUUAGCUGCCUCCUGGAUGGAGACCUGGGGUCAUGGUUUCAGAGCCGGGCAUCCCUGCUGCUGAGAGGACUGGAUGAGGCCCUGAGGACCAAGGAGCCUGUCUCCACGCACAAGGGGAGCGGAGCCUGG